AUGCGCGUUGGUAAAUCAUGUUUGUUAUUGCAAUUUACUGAUAAAAGAUUUCAACCAGUACAUGAUCUGACGAUAGGUGUGGAGUUUGGUGCACGAAUGAUUACAAUUGACGGAAAACAAAUAAAAUUACAAAUAUGGGAUACAGCUGGUCAAGAAAGUUUUCGUUCUAUAACAAGAUCGUAUUACCGUGGGGCAGCAGGAGCUCUACUUGUCUAUGAUAUUACACAACGUCAUACAUUCAAUCAUUUAACAAGUUGGUUGGAAGAUGCACGCCAACAUUCUAAUUCAAAUAUGGUUAUCAUGUUAAUUGGAAAUAAAUGCGAUUUAUUUGCACGUCGUGAAGUACAAAAAGAAGAAGGUGAAGCAUUCGCACGUGAACAUGGACUGAUUUUUAUGGAAACAUCGGCUAAAACAGCUGCUAAUGUUGAAGAAGUUAAUGGUAUUAAAAUUGGACCUCAACAUGCAAAUCCACGUCCUGGAGAACGUCCUAGUUCAUCAGCUGACAAAACUGGCUGCUGUUGA